AUGAUAAUCCUGGCGACGCGUUCAGCCGAGGCUAAGGGGAGGCGAGCGCCGGGGGACGAGCUGCCAUGCGGGCCCGGCGCCGGGCGCAGUCGACGGGCGGCGGGCCGGGCCACUGAGCCGAUCAUGGCCAAGCAGCCCGCGGCCCCGGCCGGCCGAGACGGCGGGCCCGUCCCCGGAGCCGCCCCGGCCUUCUUCGUCAUCCUGAAGCCGCCGCGGGGCCCCGGCCAGGCGGAUCAGGGCAUCCUGGUGGCCAACGGGGAGGCGGGCGGGGGCGGGGUGGCCCCGGCCCGCUCCCGGGCCCGGACCUGCCUCCCGGCCCACUGCUCGGCGGGGGCCAUCACCGUCACCCUGGACAACAACAGCAUGUGGAACGAGUUCUACCACCGCAGCACGGAGAUGAUCCUCACCAAGCAGGGCCGGCGCAUGUUCCCCUACUGCCGCUACUGGCUGACCGGCCUGGACGCCGACCUGAAGUACAUCCUGGUCAUGGACAUCUCGCCCGUGGACAACCACCGCUACAAGUGGAACGGCCGCCGCUGGGAGCCCAGCGGCAAGGCGGAGCCGCACGUGCUGGGCCGCGUCUUCAUCCACCCGGAGUCGCCGUCCACGGGCCAGUACUGGAUGCACCAGCCGGUGUCCUUCUACAAGCUCAAGCUGACCAACAACACGCUGGACCAGGAGGGGCACAUCAUCCUGCACUCUAUGCACCGGUACCUGCCGCGCCUGCACCUGGUGCCCGCGGACAAGGCCACGGAGGUCAUCCAGCUGAACGGGCCCGACGUCCGCACCUUCACCUUCCCCCAGACGGAGUUCUUCGCCGUGACGGCCUACCAGAACAUCCAGAUCACCCAGCUGAAGAUCGACUACAACCCCUUCGCCAAGGGCUUCCGGGACGACGGCCUGAACGGGCGGCCGCAGCGGGACGGCAGGCCCAAGGCCGGCCCCGACCAGGACGGGGGCGGCGGGGCCCCGGGGGCCGCCCCGCCCGCCCGGGGGCCCGCCGACGGGCGGCCGGACGGCUCCUCCUUCGACGCCGAGCGGGACUUCCUGGGCUUCCUGGAGGCCGGCUUGCCCCUCGGGGGCAUGCCCGAACUGAAGCGGGAGAUUUCUGCAAGUCCCGUGGCCAGCAGCUUUGGGGGCAGCUCUCGGGCGGCCUCUCCCUCGGACGCCAACCGGCCCUUCAACGUGGUCAUCAAGGAGGAGCCCCCGGACGAGUACGACUACCAGGCGGGCAGGUGCCCCGAGGGCGUGACGGUGAAGCAGGAGGAGACGGACGAGGAGACGGACGUGUAUUCCAGCGACGACGGCCGUGGCCCUGGGAGGCAGCCGGGGCGGCCGUGGGAGGCGGCGGGCAGCCGGGGCUCCAGGCGGCCCCCGCGCAGCCCCCCUGGGGCGGCCAAAGCUAAAAUGCUCAAACUGGACAGCGGCAAGAUGCCCGUGGUCUGCCUCGAGCCCUGCGCCAUCACCAAGAGCACGGUGAAGAUUUCCGAGCUGCCCCGGAACAUGCUGUCCCCCAGCCGGAAGGACCGGUCUCCCGACCACCUCCCCGGCUACCCGGAGAACGCCCGAAAGGCCGGCCCGGGCCCAGCCGCGGCAGCCGAGAGGGCAGACUCCCGGAAGCAGUUCACCGGAUCCAAGGGGUCGCCCAAGCGCCCCUCGGGUAAAGAACCCCCGUGGCAGUACCCGGGAGCGCCCAACCCUGCCAACGCGGCGGCCGGGUUGGGCCCCGGCCUCCAGCCCUCCGCCGGGGACCCGUUCCCCAAGAAGGAAGGCUCGGGCCGGAAGAAAACGCUGCUGAAGAUCGCCGGCACCCAGAAGACCUGUGGCCCCCCGGGCCCCCCGCCCGCCGGCCCCGGGAGGAGAGGCCGGCCCCGGAAGCUGAAGCCCUCCAAGCCGGGGAGGCCCCCCAAGAACGCGGGGAAGCCCGCGAUCGGCAAGAAUGACCUGCUGGGGCCCGGCCUCGCCUUCCCGACUGUUAAGCCGGACCUGGAGGACGUGGAUGGGGUCCUGUUCAUUUCCUUUGCAUCAAAGGAAGCUCUCGACAUUCACACACUGGACAGAGCAUCGGGAGAAGAUCCGUCUGCUCUUCAGGCAUUAGCGUCUCCCACUAACGGCCCAGACUGUAGAGCCCGGAUCAGCCAGCUGGAGAAAGAGCUGUUGGAAGAUCUGAAGGCAUUAAGACAUAAGCAAGUUAUCCAUCCCGGGCUUCAAGAAGUGGGUCUGAAGCUGAACUCGGUGGACCCGACCGUGAGCAUUGACCUUAAAUACUUGGGGGUGCAGUUGCCCCUGGCCCCCGCUACCAGCUUACCCCUCUGGAGCCUCUCCGGGGCCAACCUCGGGGCCUCAGACUCCGGGUUCCCCUUCGUCUCCCGGACUGGGAAGACCAAUGAUUUCACCAAGAUCAAGGGCUGGAGGAGGAAAUUUCACAGCGCGUCGGCUUCCAGGAACGAAGGCGGCAGUUCGGAAGGCUCCCUGAAGAACCGCUCGGCUUUCUGCAGCGACAAGCUGGACGAGUACCUGGAGAACGAAGGCAAGCUGAUGGAGUCCAGCCUGGGCCUGUCCUCCACCUCACCGACGCCGCCCGUGGUCUACCAGCUGCCCACCAAGAGCACCAGCUACGUGCGGACGUUGGACAGCGUCCUCAAGAAGCAGUCCUCCGCCGCCCCUUCCACCUCGCACUCCUCCAAGCCUCACCCGGCCCCCGCGGCCGCCUCCCGGAAGCCCAAGGCCCACGGCCGGCAGUCGGGUCCCGGCGGCCGAGCCAAGGCGACUCCGUACAAGCCCAUUUUGCCGUCGCCCCGGCCGAGGCACGUCCCGGCGGUUCCGGGGGAGAAGGCGAGCAAAGCCGCCGCCGCCGCCGCUGCGUUGGACGGCCCGGGGGAGAGCUUCGUCGUGCCCGCCCUGGAGGACAGCGUGCUGCCCAAGCCGGCCGGCCCGCCGCCCUUCCCGCCCUCCCUGCCGCCGCCCCCGCCGCCGCACCAGGCCGCCCGCCCCCCGGGCCUGUCCAAAUCUCAGGUGAAACUCAUGGACCUGGAGGACUGCGCCCUGUGGGAAGGCAAGCCCCGGACCUACAUCACCGAGGAGCGGGCGGACGUGUCCCUGGCCACCCUGCUCACGGCUCAGGCGUCGCUGAAGACCAAGCCCAUCCACAAAAUCAUCCGAAAGCGGGCUCCCCCGUGCAACAACGACUUCUGCCGACUGGGUUGCGUCUGUGCCAGCUUAGCCCUGGAGAAGCGCCAGCCGGCCCACUGCCGCCGGCCCGACUGCAUGUUCGGCUGCACCUGCUUGAAGAGGAAGGUGAUGCUCGUCAGGGCAGGCUCCAAGCCCCGGCGGGUCCUGAGGAAGGCCCUACACCGUCACUUGGGGCUCGGCGGGCCCCCCGCGGAGGAGCAGCCCAGGGGGGACGGGAACAGAGAGGAGGAGCGGCUCAGGGAACGGAGGAAGAGGAAGAAGAUGGAGUACGCCAUCUGUGACCCGGAGCCCGAACUGCCUGUUCGCCAUUACCCGCUCUGGGUGAAGGUGGAAGGCGAAGUGGAUCCCGAGCCCGUCUACAUCCCCACCCCCUCCGUCGUGGAGCCCACGAAGGCCCCGGGGCUGCCUCACGCGGAGAGCUCGUUGGCCGCCAAGACCAAGCCCCCGACCGGAGCCAAACCAGCACGGGCGUACGCCCCCAAACCCAACCCAGUGAUCCGGGAGGAGGACAAGGACCCCGUCUACCUCUACUUCGAGAGCAUGAUGACGUGCGCCCGGGUCCGAGUUUACGAACGCAAAGGAGAGGAAGACGGCCAGUCUCCCCUGUCCACCCCGCCGCCGCCUCCCCAGCGGAGCCCGGGCGGGAGCGACUCGACUAACGGCCGCGAGAAGGAAUGCGACUCUGAACAUCAACCGCCGAAGCCAAGCGACGCUGACACGGAGAAGGACAGCGAGAAGUCAGAAGAGCCAAGCUGGCGGACCCCCCGGCCCGAAGGGGACCCCUCUCCCUCGACCUCUUACGUGCACCGCCCUUCGCCCGCCGGGCCCACCAAGCUGAUCGAGAUCAUCUCCGACUGCAACUGGGAGGAAGACCGCGGCAAGAUCCUGAGCAUCCUGUCGCAGCACCUCAACAGCAACAUGCCCCAGUCCCUCAAGGUGGGCAGCUUCAUCAUCGAGCUGGCGUCGCAGCGCCAGGGCCGGGACGACGGCAGGGAGCCUUCCGUCUACUCGUCCCGCGUGAAGAUCUCCAUGCCGCCCUGCCGGGACCCCCGGGGCGAGGCGGGCGGGGCCCCCGACCCGGACCCGGAGACGCCCGAGGGCGCGGCCGCCCCGGAAAAGGCGGCGGCGGCGGACAGCGUGACGCUCGUGCGCCUGGAGGCCGUGGACAGGCUGCAGGAGAAGCUGCCCGGGGGCAAGGGCCUCCCCUUUUACUCCGGACUCUCUCCCUCGGGGAGGCUGGUGGCCUACAAACGUAAAUCCGGCCCGAGUCCCGCAGGGCUGAUCCAGGUAGCAUCCAAUGCCAAGGCGGCUGCCUCCAGGACGCCCCCCGCCCAGGUGCCUUCGCCGGCCGCUCCCCAAGCGACGCCGCCACCCUCCAGCGCCUCGCCCGCCUCGUCCAUGAUGACCCUCAAGGCGUUUUUCCCGGCCCAGAGACCCCCGGCGACCCGGCCCUCUCCCGGUGGCGUGUUCACACAGUUUGUGAUGAGCAAGGUCGGAACCCUGCGGCAGAAGAUUCCUGGAGUUAGAGUCCCCCAGCCCCUGCCAGGCCCACCCAAGUUCAGUUUCAGGCAACCUCCGCUAGCAGCCGCCGCCCCCGGGGCGCCCCCGGGGCGGUCAUGGGGGGUCAUCCUCGGCCCCGCCGUCACCCUUACCACCGUCCUCCAAGUGUCCGUAGGAAGCGUCCCCACUGGGGCCUCUCCUGCCGUGACCGCCUCCACGGGUGCUAAGGAAACUACCGGGUCUCCUCCCGAGAGCGCGGCCGCCCCGGGCGCGGGGCUGCCUGCCAAGGGCCUCGGCUCGCCCACCCCACCCUCCCCGUCCGUGGCCACCGUGACCUCUGCCUCCCGGGUCCCCGGGAAGGCCGCUCCCCCGGCUCCCUCCGACUCUAUAUUUGCGCCACCAGCUGCCUGGCUUCCUGUCGCUUCCAAAGUAGGGGCGGCCUCCGCUGCGCCUUCCUCCGCAGUGACUCCACCGGCUUCACUCCUUGGUUCUAUUCCUCUUGUUCUCUCAGGGAUUGGUGCGACUCUGCCAGGGAGUCAGUCGCCACCAGACGAAACGCCGUCGGGUCCGGGGCCGGCUCCGCGGGCGCCCCCCGGGCCGGAGAAGCGCAUGGGCCCCCGGCUGCUGCUGAUUCCUAUGCAGCAAGGCUCUCCUCCCCUGCGACCCCUGCAAGCGGUGCAGCAGGUGGCCCAAGGCCAGAGGAUGGUCCUGCAGCCGCUCCGGAGCCCCAGCGGGGGGAAUCUGUUCCGACAUCCCAGCGGGCAGAUUAUCCAGCUCGUCCCCCUGCAGCAGCUCCGGGCCUCGGGGACCCAGCCCAGCCUCCAGCCCGUGGUCCUGCGCAACCCAGGGUCCCUGAUGGGAAUUCGGCUUCCUGCUCCCGCCAAACCCGACGCGCCCGCUUCGCUGCCCGCCUCCCCCGGGACGACGAACCCCUUGGGGCAGGCCAUGAGCCCCCCGCCGGCCACCAAGCUGAUGACCCAGGCGCUGACCGUCCUUCCCUCGGUGCCCAGCUUUGUGUCCCAAGCGGGCACCUUGACUCUGAGGAUCUCCCCGCCGGGCCCCGAGUCCAGACUGGCAGGCGUUUCCGGGGGCCAGCCGGUUGGUCCGGCCGGCCUCGUCCCCCUCCAGUCGGGGAGCUUCGCCCUGCUGCAGCUCCCGGGGCAGAAGGCCGUGCCCAGCUCCAUCCUCCAGCACGCGGCGUCCCUCCAGGCCAAUCGAGGGGCCGGCCCCCAGGUCCAGUCGAGUCCCCCGAAGCAGCGGGGGGACGAGAAGAUGAGGCAGCCGGCGGAGGGAGCGGGCGGCGGGGCGGCUUCUCCCGGCCCCGUGGGGACACCACGGACUCAGGAGGGAGAGGAGACCCCGGGCUCUGCCGCCCCGGGGGCGGCCCGGGGAGCGGCGGGAGGCUGCGCUGCCCGCAAGCCCCUCUCGUCGCAGGACGGGCCCGCGGACCCGGUGGGCUCGGACCACUCUUACAUCAGCGGGUCUCGGGCCGGCGAGGAAGGGAAAGUCGGCGCCCGAGAGACUGGGGCGGAGGGGGCCGCCGACAGGCCCCGAGGCGACUCGGGAGCGGAGCCCAAGGACGGCCGGGCCGGGCCCGAGGAGGUCCGACGGAGGGCGAAACCGCCCGGCAGCCUCUCGCGCCCGACGAGUCCCGGGGGGCCGAAAGAGCGGCAGGAAGCUUCCGCCCCAACUGGCGCCGGGGAGGAGCGGAUGCGGGCGAAGAACUCCGCGGAAGAGCGGGAGCCGCCGGGGACCGGGAGACGAGCGCGGAGCCGUGGGGCGGAGCCAGCGGGCCCCCCACCCAGGAGGAAGGAUCGGGAGGAUGCGGCUGGAGAGGGAGGGGCGGGGACCCGCCCAGUGGGCAGCCCGGCCCCGGGACGCGUCGAGGCCCCCAGAGGGGAGAGCGGGCGUCCCGCUGACCAGCCCCAGGGGCCCGGAGCGCCCGCUGCCAGCCGGGUGCGGAGUCCCCCGCCGGGCUCCCGGCGGGAAGGAGGGGCCGCCCGCGGCCAUCGGAACGGACUGACCGGCCCCGCCGAAAGGGACGGACCGGCCAGGGGCCCCGAGCCCGCCGCCGAGGAGGAGGAGAAAACGGACGACUCGGCCGACGAGGGGCUGGAAGGGGCCUCCAGCACCUACCAGAGCGACGAGGAGGAGGUUGACGUGGAAAAGCUGGGCGAGCUCCUGGACUACAGCGAGGACGAGGACGAGGAGCAGGUGGACAUCGAGACGGUGGAGGAGCUGUCGGAGAAGAUCAACAUCGCCCGUCUGAAGGCCUCCGUUGGCAACGCUCACUCUUCCAAGCAGCCGCGCAGGUCCCCGUCCCCUUCGCCUCCGGACGAGAAGCCGGCCGUUGAGAUAAGCAUCCAGGUUGGUGGCUCGGUUGAUUGGUCUCAUUUCUGUAAGCUUGUCCCUGUCCCCUCAAUAAGAAGUCAGAACUGCGUCCUGGUCGCUUUUGCGGGCCCGGGGUCACUGGAAGCCAAUCUUUGUUCGUCGCAGGAUCCCCCCCUUGGCGGGCAGCCGAAGCCUCAACUCUGGAACAAGAAGCUGCGGAACGAAGCGGAGGCCUUUGCCCAUUACCGCCGCACCCACACGGCCAACGAGCGCCGCCGCCGCAACGAAAUGAGGGAUCUGUUUGAGAAGCUGAAGAAGGCCCUGGGCCUGCAUAACCUCCCCAAGGUCUCCAAGUCCUACAUCCUCAAGCAGGCCUUGGAGGAGAUCCAGGGGCUGACGGACCAGGCGGACAAGCUGAUAGGGCAGAAGAACCUCCUGACGCGCAAACGGAACAACCUCAUCCGCAAAGUGUCCACCCUGUCAGGUAAGACGGAAGAAGUAGUGCUGAAGAAGCUGGAGUACAUUUACGCCAAGCAGAAAGCCCUGGAGGCCCAAAAGAAAAGGAAGCAGAUGGGGCAGGAUGAGCCUAGUGGGUCCCCCAGAGCCGGCAGACAGCAGGAAGGAGCCGGGGCCGCCGACGCCGACACCCCCGCCGCCCCCCGGGAGCCGGGCCGGGCCGCCCUGAGCAACAGGCGGGGGAAGCCGCUCAUACUCUCCAGGAAAGGCGGCCAGGCCGCAGACAACAACUUGCCCGCUCCCUUGGCCCUGACCAGCGCGAGCCUCGUCAUGACGCCGCAGGGGCAGGUGCUCACCUUGAAGAGCCCCCUGGUCUCCGGGCCAGUGACGGCCAUCCCUCCCACCCUCCUGCAAGCCGAACUGAAGCCACGGGUGACCAGCACCGCUGUGGGACAGCCCGGUCUGACAUCCAUGAUGCUCCAGCUGCCAGGCACGCCGGUUCCCGUCCAGUUAAAAGGCAUCCUCACGGACUCGUCCGGCCCCAUCACGCUGGCGGCCAUAGCCGGGGGCAGCCCCGCGCCCCCGGCAGGGAGAGCGGCCUCCCAGCCCACUGGGGAGAGCGACGACUUGUUUAUGAUGCCAAGGAUCGUGAACGUGACGUCGCUGGCCUCGGACGUGGCGCUCGGCUUGGACGUGGGCAUCGACCGGCCGGCGGGGAUCAGGGCGCCGGACCGCCCGCCCAAGGACGGCCGUGAGAACAAGGAUCCCCUGGCCGGGGCAGGGGAGGGCGGCAGGAGAGCCCCGGGGCCGGCCGCCCACUCCCUGGACGCCCGGGACCCCGGCUUCCCCAAGAUCCUCCCGGAGGCCCCGGAGGGCUCGGCCAGAAAGGGCCCCGGCGGGCGGCGGAAAGAGUCCGGCGGGGAGCGGCCCAAGUCCGCGUUACACAAGCUGCAGGCCAAGGAGCUGAAGGAGGCCCGCGUGGAGCUGGAGCUGUGGAAGAUGGCAUCGGCCAUGGAGGAGGAGGACGACGACGAGGAGGAGGCCGCCGCCGCCGCCGCCGCCGCGCUGGCCCCCGGCGCGGAGGAGAGCGACGCGGCCACCGCCGCCGAUGACGAGACCCUCACCUCGCUGCUCCACGAGAUCGCCUUCCUCAACCAGCAGCUGAACGACGACUCGGCCGCGCUGGCCGAGCUGCCUGGCCCGCUGGCCGCGGCCUUCCCCCCCCGGCGGGGACCCCCGCGACGCCCCCUCCGCUUCGGCCCCCUGGGCGGCAGCGCCAAGGAGCCGCCCGGGGCGCGGGCGGCGGGCGGCCUCAGCCCCCUCCUCUUGCACUUGGAGGAGGAGGAAGAGGAGGAGGAGGAGGAGAAGGGGGAAGGCAGGCCCCCGGAGGACGGGGAGCCCCCCGCCCAGCCGGCCCGGGACCUCGUCCGCAUCGUCCUUGACGCGGAGACGAAGAAGCCGCGUCCCCCCCGCCUGGACGACGGCGGCCAGGGUGCCGGCAGUCCCCCGGCCGAGCCCGACGGCGUGUCCUCGCCCCCGCCCGUCCUGCAGAUGAAGACCGGGACGGAGGCGGGCAGCCCCGAGGCCCAGGUGUGGAGGCCCAUGCCCAAGCUGGCCCCCCUAGGCCUCAAGGUGUCCAGCCCGCCCGGCGACGCGGACGGGCAGGGGCCCAGGGUGAUGCCCCUGUUGGCGCCGGUCGUGGCCAAGGGGACGCCGGCCGGGCUCCAAGCCGCCUCUUCGGACCUUGACCAGGACGGGCAGGAGAACAACGCGAUGCCCACGCUGGCCCCCGUGGUGGCCAGCCCGGGGAGCGGAGGGGCCUCCCCCACCGCUUCGGCCGGACCCUGAGCGCCCGCCCCGAGCAAGGGACCCAGAGCGGUUCUGGCCGGGAGACAAAGCGGCGGGCGAGCCCCGCCACGCCCCUCCUCUCCCUCCCCUGGUCCCCUCCUUCCCCAGGGUGGGCACGGGGGUGGGUGGCCCGGUCUGAGGUGGGUGCUCCGGCCGCCCGAGGUUACCUCGCUGGGGCGGCUGGGUCCCGUGGGGAGGCGGAGAAAGGUGGCAACCCAGGGAGCGCCGGGUCAGCGGGGCCAACUGAGGCCAAGGGGUUCCCGAAGGCCUCGCUCCCGGGACCGCCCGCGUCGACGGGAAGGUGGUUCGCGUCGGCGGUUCGGGCCGAGUCCAAGGAAGGGGACAGACGGGGAUCCCCCCGCUCUUCGUGUCCGCGGUGCUCGGGGUGACGGUCCCCGGCACCUGCCGAAGCGGCGAAUGCUCCCUCACGCGGUUUCCCCUCCCGGCCCUUCCGAUGCAGCGGGCCAACCUCUCCGCGUUGGUUAUUAAGCUAUCCGGUUUGGGAGUUGCGGGCAUCCCCCUCCCAACCCCUCCGGCUCCCGCCCCCCAAAACAAGAAAUCUCGGCACCGAGGCCGGUUGUUCCAAGCGGCGCUUUUACACAGGCAGGGUGGCAGAGCGAUCAAAAGAAAUAAAGAGAUAAAAGCCACAGCAAACCUUCUUUACCAGGGAAAUCGAGCAGUAUUUGAAUCAUGAGAUGUAUUUUAUAUUCUGCUCGGCCGGCCGGCCGCCUCCUCGCCUGCGAGGGCAGGGGCCCCCGGGGGCGGCGGGGGGGGGGGACCUGUAAAGAUAUUUAUAUUUUUGUACACAGUUUUUGUUAGCUUCCUCAAACACUGAAGUUUUCGAUCUAGGGAAAUGAAAUUUGUAACGACUAGAGGUGACGUUUUUUUUUUUUUCCUAUUGGCUUUGUAAAUAGGUAGGAAUCACGGUGCACUUGCGGGGGGGGCCUCUGGAGUCCUUGCCGGUGAGAGUCACCGCUCGGAAACCACGGCCUCUGGGAUCUAGCUGCUGCCUUGACCUUUCUCGCGUAACUGAAUUUCGGAAUGUAGCCCCCCUUCCGUGCCCCGCUUCUCCCCCGGCGACGCCGCCCCGGCCUCGCGACCGCGGCGGCGGCCGGGAGAUGCGGCCAAGCCGGCCGACGGUCCCUAAAGCCGGGGAUGGCGUCCCGGGCCUCGGGGCCGCCGGCGUGCCCGACUCCUGGUCCAGCUUGCCGCUUUCCGCUCCCCCCGGAACCGCCCAUCCCUGACGGGAGUGGGGUGAGACGAGCGGGCGAGGAGGGGGGCCCGGUUGGCGUCGUGCCCCGCCGGGCGGGCCGGGGCGCGGGCCUUAGCCAAGGGGAGAGGUCCCCGCUUCCCUUACCGGCUGUCCUCAAGGGCUAGUACUUGUAGUUGCGGGCAAGUGGCUUCCCGAGGGUGUGCCCGCCCGCCCGCCUUCAGAGGCUGUGGGUGCCACUGGGCCCAAACAGAAGCAAUCAGGGGAGUCAUCCUCAGGACAGUGGGAGCGUUUUAGCUUCUGAACACUUCCCCCCUCCCUCAUUUCUCAGUAGAAAGAAUAAAGCAAAGAGAACCUCUCGCCGCCUCCCACUCCCGGAGCCCCCGGACGUGUGGCCGCCGGGGAGGCGGGCCCCCGGAGCUGCCCAAAUGCCAGCAUCUGGCACGGGGUUGCCCCCGGAACCCCCGGAAAAUCAAAUAGGGGGCAGCGGAAGCGGGCGGCGAUAAUUAACUUGCCCCCCCCCCCUUCCUCCUUUCCAGGGCAUCUCCUCCCUAGACCAAGAACCCAGGGUGGAAAUUUUUUUUUUGUCUGUUUCGGGUUUUGUUUUUUUUUUAUUAUUACGUGCCUGUAAAUAGAUGGAAUGUUUUUAAGGAUAUAAUAAUGUCAGAC